AGCUCUAGAUGUCUGUUCUCAACUCCACGGGUCUGUUGCAGUAUACACAGUGAUGCAAAGUUAAAAGAUCCUUUCUCACUUGCACAAAAGGACUUGCAAGAUUUAUAUGAAGACAUAAAAAAGCAGCUGCUCGUCUCUAAAGCAGAGCUCAAAGCACUCUGUGAUUAUUACUUUGAUGGGAAGGGAAAAGCCUUUCGACCGAUGAUUGUGAUCUUGAUGGCUCGAGCUUGUAACGUCCACAGCAAUAAAGAGGGGGUUUUGCUGCCGGCGCAGCGCUCUAUCGCUAUGAUCUCUGAGAUGAUCCACACUGCCAGCCUGGUGCACGAUGAAGUUAUCGAUGACUCGGACACAAGACGUGGGAAAAACACCAUUAAUAAAUUGUGGGGAGAGAAAAAAGCUAUCCUGGCUGGAGAUUUCAUUCUGUCUGCGGCCUCCAUGGCAUUAGCGCGUAUUGGGAACAAUACAGUAGUUUCUGUGCUGUCACAAGUUAUAGAAGACCUCGUACGAGGUGAAUUCAUGCAGCUAGGGUCUAAAGAGAAUGAAAACGAGAGAUUCAAGCACUACCUUGAGAAAACCUUCAAGAAGACUGCAAGUCUCAUUGCAAACAGUUGUAAGGCAGUGUCAAUUUUGGUGAAUUCUGAUCCUGAGGUGCAUGAGAUAGCCUAUCAAUAUGGACGAAACGUUGGCAUUGCAUUCCAGCUUGUGGAUGACGUUCUGGACUUCACGUCCUGCGCAAACCGCCUGGGGAAGCCGUCAGCUGCCGAUCUCAAACUGGGUCUGGCCACCGGGCCCGUUCUGUUUGCUUGCCAACAGUUUCCUGAGCUACAUGCAAUGAUAAUGAGGCGCUUCAGCUCUGAUGGAGAUGUGGAUCGAGCCUGGCAAUAUGUCCUGAAGGUGAGGAGGAUUUGUGUUGUAUACAGACAGGUGAAUCUCAUGAAAACAUGUCCUGGGGCUGCUUUCAUAAAACACUAA